GCUCAAAUAAAGCCGUGUCAAAGGAAACAGAACGAAUUGAUCAAUUAUUUUACACUUACUAUGAUAAAUCUUCUGGCUUGAUAGGCCCUGAAGGGAUUGAGGCCUUUUGUUCUGAUGUGGAAGUAGAUCAUACUGAUGUGAGGAUAUUGAUGCUUGCUUGGAGGAUGAAAGCUGAAAGGCAAGGAUAUUUUACCCUAGAAGAAUGGCGAAGAGGUCUGAAAGCCAUACGAGCUGACACUGUCAGUAAAUUUAAGAAGGCUCUAUCAGAAUUGGAGAAAGAGGUUAUGAGGCCUCAAAAUUUCCAGGACUUCUAUUCUUAUUCUUUUCGCUACUGCUUAACAGAGGAAAGACAGAAAAGUGUAGACAUUGAGAUUGCCUGUGAACUACUACAUCUUGUAUUAGGCUUGAAGUUUCGUCCUCAGAUUGACAGACUUGGAGAAUAUCUUAAGAAACAACACGAGUACAAGGUAGUAAAUAUGGACCAGUGGUUGGCCAUUCUCAGGUUUUGCAACGAGAUAAACUUUCCAUCACUUGAUAAUUAUGACCCUGACCUUGCUUGGCCUAUACUAUUGGACAAUUUUGUGGAGUGGAUGCGUGAGCAGCAAGCUUAAGUCAUUCUACAUCUGCUAUGAUCUUCUCUUGUUAAGGAAUGUCUUUGACACAACAGAUAUGAUUUUUUUUCUCUUCUUAUUCUAUGUGGCUUAUUUGAUUUAUUUCAGGAAACUAUAUCAAUCUCAAUCAGGUUGUGUUAUUUUUAAGUUCUGCAGCUUUGUUUUAUUACAGGUGAACAUGUGAUGGACAAACUCUGUUCAGUUUCAUCAUUUCUGUAUAGUUUUGAUAUUUUGAUCA